AUGGAUGCAGAAGGGAACAGUAUACCUUCCUGCUCAAUUGGGCAAGGAGAUAGUGGAAAAAAGUGUCAUGUCACUUUCUUUGCCAAAAAAGCUGCUUUAAAAUGGUUUGCGGAUUUUAGUGAUGAGGAAAAAGAGUUGUUGGUCCGACGUUCUGAAGCAAAGCUGGACAAUACCUCUCAAGUUUGCCUACAUCAUGAAGCCCUGUUAUUGACACAAUAUGAGAGGUUACAAAAAAAAUGCUUCAAUCCCUUUGGGAAGGUGAAUCAUAAUGUUAAGGCAGGAAUUCUUGAUACUGAAACAGCUAAUAAGGCUUCUGAUAUGUUGAAGAAGCAGCUUGUUAAUAACAUAAAGCCAGGUCAGAAAAUUUGUCCAGCUUGCAGGACACUUGGACGAAGCUUUAUCAGCCUUAUCAUCACAUUAUGA